AUGCCGUGGUGCGGGCUGGACCACAGCUACGAUUAUGGGGAUCCAAACGCAACAAACCAAACAUACGAGUAUUUGGAUAUAGCUCUACCGGUCGACUGCCAGACACUCAUGAUUUGCGCGUUCACUUUGAAUAUGCUUCUGUCGAUUGUCGGCAACGUGCUGGUGCUUAUUGUCCUCAUCUGGAGGAAAUCAACCAGAUCGGAUCUGAAUCCAUUUCUUGUGAACCUCUCCGUUGCUGAUCUGAUGAUGGCUGUUUUCUGUAUGCCGUUCACAUUCCCCACGAUAAUGUUAGGAGAAUGGGUGUUUGGACGUGUUAUGUGUCCCGUGCUCAUAUUUAUGCAGCAGAUUUCCGUCAUCGUAAGUAUAUGUACACUAACUGCUAUUGGCAUUGAUCGAUACUUUGCUGUGAUGUACCCACUUAAAGUAAGAGUAACCAAGAAUAGAACAAAGAUUGUGUUCAUCUUCAUCUGGGUGAUAGCUAUCUCCCUGGCGACGGUACAGACCGUAUUUGUACGUGUGACCACAGCUAUUUCGACGGCGAAACUAUAUACUUCUGCAGUUAUCAAGAUGCUGGUGAUUAUCGUGGUGAUGUUCGCUGUGUGCUGGCUUCCUGUGCACAUAUUUAGAGUGAUUACCCUGUUUUACCCAUGGUUGUAUGACAAUUUUGAGUACCAGGACACCAUGCGACUGGUGAAUGCGGGAAUAUUAUGGUUCGCCAUGGCGCACAGUUUUGUAAAUCCGUUUAUUUAUGGAUUUCUCAACGACAGUUUCCGGAACGAGGCUGAAUUUUAG